AUUGUCUUUUCGGACUUUACCGGACUGCUACGACCGGUUUUUGGGUAGAUUUAUUUAUUGAAAUAUUCCUUUUUCAUGACCACUUUAUAAAAAGCAGUGCAUUAAAUACGAAGUGGUAUUAGUAAAAUAUAAGUAUUUUCUUAAAUGCGUUGCUUUGUUAUCGUUAGAUAAGUACAGUGAUUUUGGCGAGUUUUUAUAGAUAACGUUGGUUUUCGUAGGUCCAAACUGAAAAGGUGCCUGUGAAGGUUAAAACUUGAAAAUUAUGAUUGAAAAGAUACUGUCAUUAAAUUAAAUUGUUAUAAAGAAGAUAUUUUCAUGAUCGAAAUAAAUGUUUAAAGUAAGUGUAAAAUUUACACGCACAGCUGCACACAGCUUGAAACGUACAAUGUCUAGUCAAGAGCAAGAUGUAUUAUUUGAGACACUGAACAACGCUGGGAUCAUCACACUAAACAGACCUAAGGCCCUAAACUCACUCAACUACUCUAUGGUAGCUAAGUUACUUCCCCAACUUCGUGAAUGGGAAAAUCAAAAGACACUAGUGAUCAUUAAGGGGGCUGGUGAGAAAGCAUUCUGUGCCGGAGGAGAUGUGAAAGUAGCUAUAGACAAAGUUGAAGGCCCUCGGUUCUUUAAUGCUGAGUAUAAUGUAAACUAUCUCAUUGGUAAAUAUAAGAUCCCAUAUGUUGCCUUAAUCAAUGGGAUCACAAUGGGAGGUGGGCUAGGAAUGUCUGUGCAUGGCAGGUACAGAAUAGCCACAGAGAAAACUAUGAUUGCCAUGCCAGAGACAAAGAUUGGAUUGAUACCUGAUGUUGGUGGUUCAUACUUCCUUCCGAGAUUGCAGGUCAAUUUAGGUUUAUAUUUGGGUCUUACUGGUGACAGACUAAAGGGCAAGGACGUCGUGAAGUCAGGAAUAGCGACACACUUUGUCUCCAGCAAGAGGCUGUACGAGCUUGAGAUGUUGUUAUCUCGAUGCACCAACAAUGUGGAGAUUGACAACCUGCUGAACAAGUUCAAUGAGCCCUCAGAGGAAUUUUCUCUGGCUGACAACAUCAAGCACAUUAACUAUUGCUUUGCUGCCUCCACUAUUGAGGAGAUCAUUGAGAGGCUUGAAAAGGUUCAGAAUGAUUGGUCUGUGAAGACUUUGAAGACCCUCGGGCAGAUGUGUCCGGGCUCGCUGAAGCUGACGCUGCGAGCUCUGCAGCGCGGCGCGCAGCUGUCGCUGGGCCAGUGUCUGCAGAUGGAGUACCGAGUGGCCUGCCGAGCCACCGAGAACCAUGACUUCCCUGAAGGUGUGCGAGCGCUCCUCAUUGACAAGGACAACAACCCUCAGUGGAAGCCGAAGACCCUCGCCGAAGUGGACGAUGACUACGUCGAGAGUUACUUCAAGAAGCUGCCGCAGGACAAAGAGCUGCAGUUCUUUGACUCGAAGUUGUAAAACUAUACAGGGUGUGUAAAAAUGUAAUGUUGUAACUGGGUACUGAUAUGUUAUACGUAUUUGGGCUUGAGUUUUUAGAAUAGACGAUUAACAAAACACAAAAAAUGAUGUGAACGCAAACUGCAAAUGCGUAAUUAAACACUGAGUUGACUUUGGCAGAUAGUCAGGCAUUAACAUAAGUAUUUCACAUUGAUAUGAUUUGCAAAAUUAAGCUCUACUGCCCCUGAAUUUAAAGUUCAGUUUCAAAGUCAGUGUUCCAUCUAAUGCGGUAUUCAGAACACAUUGGUGAAUUUAAAUAAUUCAAUUGUUGUAAAGUUAUGCAAUGUCCCUUUAUAUUUAAAUUACAAUAAAUGGCAUUGAGUGACAAUUGUAACAUCUUUUAUAAAUGUCAUGAACUCUAGGAAAGUCGGUUUUAUAUUUUUUUUUGUUUACAACUAAGAGAUUUUUAUAAUUCAUUGCAUAUCCCUUGAUUUAUAUUUGUUUUGUUUUGUUUUAUAAAAUAAAACUAAAGUAAUGAACGAAGUUACUUUCCUUAUUGGAAAAGAUUAAAAUAUUUAUUUUUUUACUUUUUUUAUUAUUGGGUACUUAAUUAUUGUAAUUUAUGACGUAUACAUAUCAGUAGCCACUGUCUUCAACCAAUAAAUGUUACUGUGCCAGAAACUGCGGUCUCUAAUUAGUUGCAAUUGUAAGUCUUCCAAAUGAGUUUCCUGUACCGAAAAAACAGUAUAAAUCAUAGGUUUAUUGAAGGUUCUAAAGGCAGGAGGGCCGCUCCGAAUAUUGUAAUACGCUGUUUUGGUUUCAUGGUGUAGAAUUAGGAAUUUUAGGCCUGUAUAACAAUAUCGUGAAUAGUUGAGUUGUAACCUUAUAUGAUCAUGUGGUGUUGAUUUGAUAAAUUUACAUUUACUUGAUAAUUAAAACAAAUGCGUUAUUUUCACUAUUACGCUAAUAAGUUAAUGGGUUCCAAUUGAAAAUAUGGGCCUAAAGAACAAUUGAUAAUUGGCAAAUACUUGUGAAACAAUCUGGGAGAAACAUGGAGAAGAAUAUGUUACUUAAUCAUAACCUAUUUUCAGCAUCUACACUUAGAAUAUCUAGAUGAGUUUAAGAAAUAAUCGAAACAAUUAAAAAACUCAUAUCGCCAAUAGUUAAAGCAUUUACCACCUCCAUGUGCAAAAACUCUGCAAACAGAAUAGAAAAGCUAAAUGGUACAUUGUAAAAUGAACCUUAUUGAUAACAAUUAAGUGCAAUUUGUAGAUGGCAAUGCCAAGUACUUUACACUUUUAUACUUACGUAGGUUAUUAGUUUUUGUAGAAGUUAGUGUUUGUAUGCGAAGGUGGCAGCCGACUAGCCC